UAUUCCAACCUGGAGAGGCACAAGGUUACUCGUGCCACGGAAAGACCGUGGAAAUGUGGGGAUUGUGGGAAGGGAUUCAGUUACCCAUCUGAACUGGAAACUCAUCGGCGCAGUCACACUGGGGAGAGGCCAUUCACCUGCUCUGUGUGUGGGAAGGGAUUCACCCAGUCAUCCAGCCUACAUACUCACCAGCGUGUUCACACUGGAGAAAGGCCUUUCACAUGCGUACAGUGUGGGAAGGGAUUUAAUGCUUUGUCAAACCUCAUGACACACCAGCGAGUUCACACUGACGAGAGACCUUUUAAAUGUUCCAUCUGUGAGAAGUGCUUUAAAAGCACAAAAGACCUGCUGAUACACCAACGCACUCACACUGGGGAGAGACCGUUCACCUGUGCAAUCUGUGGGAAGGGAUUCACUCAGUCAUCCCACCUUCUAACACAUCAACUUGUUCACACUGAUGAGAGACCAUUUAAAUGUUCUGACUGUGAGAAGAGUUUUAAAAGUAAAAAGGAUCUGUUGACCCAUGUACGCACUCACACUGGAGAGAGGCCAUUUAUUUGCCCUUUGUGUGGAAAAAGAUUCACUUGUUCAUCCCAUCUUUUGACACACCAGCAUGUUCACACAGAUGACCGACCUUUCAAAUGUUCUGACUGUGAAAAGAGCUUUAAAAGCAAGAAACAUCUACGUAAACAUCAGCGCGUUCACACUGGUGAGAGACCAUUUGCCUGCUCCAUGUGUGGGAAGAGAUUCACUCGUUCAUCCCACCUUCUGAGACAUCAUCGAGUUCAUACUGGGGAGAGGCCAUUUAUCUGCACUGAGUGUGGGAAGGGAUUCACUGAUUCAUCUGACCUUUUGACACACCAGCGAGUUCAUACUGGAGAGAGGCCAUUCACCUGUGCCGUGUGUGGGAAAGGAUUCACACAGUCAUCUCAUCUUACUGAGCACCAACUUGUUCACACCAAUGAAAGACCUUUUAAAUGUUCCAUCUGUGAGAAGAGAUUUAAAAGCAAAAAAGACGUUCUCACACACCGGCGAGUUCACACUGGGGAGAGACCAUUCACCUGCUGUGAGUGUGGGAAGGGAUUCACUCAGUCAAACAAUUUGCUUAGACACCAGCAACUGCACAAGUGACUGCAGGUGUUGGACUUUGCUGUUAUUGCAGCUGUUAAUCAUAUUAUGGACCGAAUUGUUCAGCCUUGCAGUACUGCUGUAUGCUGAUGUCAUUUAAUCCCUACAACUGAUCUGGAUAAAUACUUAAUAAAUCGGCAUUAUUGUGGAUUUUUGUCUUUCCCAUUGGCUGGAGCUCAGAAAGAACAAUUGGGAAAAACCAUACAGUGGAUACAAAACUUCAGCCUGUUGCAGUCCUUCAGGGCCACAGUGCAAAGGGCAAGCAAAUCUUUGGUCUUUCUUAUCUCUCUUCAUUGACCGGAAGGUCACCCAGAGUUACCUUCUUGAGCUGUGUUAGAAAUGUGUCCCAGUCACAAUCUUCCAUGGUUUGGAGCUUCUUGGUUAUAGAAGCUUAGUGGUUAUGUUACCAGAUCUGGAUGCAAGUUCAAAUCCCAUGUUAGCAGAUGGGAAUUUAAAUUCGGGUAAUUAAACAAAUCUGAUCAUGAAACUACUGGAUUGCAAUUAAAUGCAUGGAGUUCGCAAAUCUUUUUGUAGAAGGAAAUCUGCCAUCCAUACUUGAUCCAGUAUGCACUUGACUCGAGAUCCACAGGAAUGUGGUUAACUUCUAACUGCCCUCUGAAAUGGCUGAGCAAGCCAUCAAUCCAAGGAUAUUUGGGGGAGGGUAAUAAACACUAGCCUUAUAAGCAAGUUCACAUGUCAUGAAUGAAUAAGUAAGAAAGCUUGGGACAGAAAGUUUCUUUCAAAUAUGUUGAGAGUUGAGAAGAAAAGAGCAAAUGUGGUCAGAUCAGAUAUUGAUGUAAAACUUAUCUGCUCCUGAUCGAAAGUGAAAUUGUAGGUUUAAAUUUCCUGUCGAGGAAUAACUGAAAAAGUUAAUUUAUUUGUGUGACAAUCCAUUAUCUAUGAUUUUAUUCAGCCAUCUGAAGGUCAAUAUUAAUAUUUAAAAGAGGCAUAUUUAAAAACAGCCAUUAUUAUUAUAUUUAAGAAAAAGUCAGAGGAUUUUGCAGGAGCCUGUUACCUGCUGGUACAAUUCUAUAAUAGUCAUUUGAUCUCCAGAUAAAAAAAGUUAAUUUCUCCGGACUUCCAUUCUUUUAUUCUCUCCCCCUCCACCAACCAAAAUUUCUCUGCAUCUUAAAUCAUCUUGUAUCUUAUAACAACUUUCAUUCUAAUAUAUCAUCCUGUAGAUGUCACCUGACUUGCUGAGUUUUAUCAGCAUUUCUGUUUUUAUUUCAGAUUUCCAGCAUUGCAGUAUGUAUGUAGCAUUCUGUUUUUCCAUUGGGUUCCAGUAUAACAUAACCUAAAUGCAUGGUUUGCCUCUUUUAUGAUGUUGCUAGCUUAAAUAGGGUUAGUAUGUUGGACAUAUGAAUGAAGUAAGUGAGCAUCUUUUCCUUGAAUAUAUUUAUCAUUACAUUACAAAUAUAUUUUGGUCAGUGAUCCUUGCAGCUGAAUUUGAGGGUGGGGGGUGUGUGUGAUUGUCCCCUUAAAUAUCAAGUGAUCUCUGAUGAGAGGUCUUUCUCUUGUGACGUCAGUUCAAUGGGAUACCUGGCAUCCAACAUCUGUGAUGCCAAUGAGUGCGUUGAGCAGCCAUUCAGAUUAAAGAUUUCCCAUAGACAUUUCCCAAGAAGUUAAUGUACAUUUUUUUUUAAAAAUUGCACUCAAAAGCUGGGAACAUGUACAUAUAAUUCAGAUACAACUGAAAUAUAAAAAAUUAAUGAAUUCUUAAAAAAUUCUCAUUAAAAUGUGCAUACAUAAUAUUUAAGGGUCAGAUUGUUUGCCAGUUAGUAAAUAUGGUUCAAAACACCAUGAAAAAUUUAUUUAGACCUCUUUUAACAAAGCAUAAGAUUUUCAUGUUAUUUUAUGGGUGAACUAGUCAACGAGUAGCUUAAAUUCAUUCCACUUCAAUCAUAGAAAAUUCGUGACACAGGAUACAUUCAACUAGAGCUACCAACCUAAUCCCACUUGGUCCAUAGUGCCGCAGAUAGCAACUCUUCCAGUAUACAUCCAAGUAAUUGAUGAGGUGUUUUGCCUCCUCCACCCUAUCAGGCAAUAAGUUCCAGACCCCCAUCACCCUCUGAAUAAAAGGGAAAAAAAAAUCACCUCGCCUCUAGUCCUUAUAUUGAUUACUUUGAGUCUAAUUGUAGCUGGUUUGAAGUUCCACUGUGACAGAGAUGCUUGACCUGUGAUAUCUUGUUACUAAUAGGGAGCAGUGACGUACCAUGCCUGUUUACACUGGGUGGGACCCACAUCCUGACUGCCAUUGAAAUUAUGGGAGGAAAUUCACUUGAACUGGAUUUUUUAGGUCCCCUCUGAUUGCGACAGAUGUUUCUAAUGUUUAGUUAUUGAUUCACUGCUGUAUGAUGUGCUGUCUAGUGGAUAUGUACAUGAUGGACACAGGCAAUACAGAUCUGAGGUGUCAAUACAGUGUUCUGGCUGACUCUGGAAAUGAAAGUCUGUGGUUCAGGAAACUGUGCUAAUCCAUGUGUGGAAAUAAUUAUUUUCUCUUACCCACCCCACCCUUUGCGGCUCACCUCCCUGUCUCACUGGGUAAGUGAAAAAAUGAUCAGAGUGGUGGUGUUUCACCAGCAACCCCAGAAGUCCUCCGACUUAGUCUACACAUCUCAUGUCUCUUCACAGUGUCAGACUGGAGUCAAGCUCAACAGGGUCUUUCGUUGCUGAUGCUACCAAGCUCUCUUCCUUGGCUGUGGUUUCACUAGAUAGUAGGUAGGGACAGUGGGAAUCUCAUUCACCCAUUCACAUGCUUCGCUAAUUAGAUGACGGGGCAUUUAGGUGGUGACCGAGACAGUAACAAAACUGCCUCGUAUUUCGAGUUUUAAUGUAACUCGUCCAUGAGCUUACACCCACUCCAGCAUGAUGUUAAAACCAGGAAUGGGAAUAGUAAAACAAAGAACUAAAAAUGAUAAAAGGCAGGCACCAAAGAGGAAAGAACCCACAGGAAACCGGGUUCAAGACCAUUCCAUUGAGCUAGUUCUUGCAUUUAACAGCAUUUGAUAUGUUUGGCAAAGAAAUAAUUAAAGGUACAUUUAUUACAAUUAUUAAAACAUAAAGGAUUAAAACUGUGAGAAUACUAAUAUAAACUAAAAUACAACUAAACUAAAACUGAUGCAACCAACAUACAUUAUAAAUGAAUCAAUUUUAAAAAACUUAAAAUACCUAAAAGAGCGGUUAUUUUAACUGGGGCAAUAAAAGUCUUGUAAUUGCUGAGAAAAUCCAGGAUGGUCUUGUUUACAGAGAACCAAGUCCUCUGGUGCCUGUAAUAUUGCCUGAAUGAAAUUGACCUUGACAACCUGACGUGUCCUUGAUGGGCUUCCAAGUGUCUAUGUUUAUUAGAUUUUUCCAAAAACACUACCAAGUGAUCUGGAAUCUUUUUCAAAUCACGUCAAGACAUCAAUAACUGCAGCUUGACUAACCUUGAUAUAAAUAGCAUUGGGGAUCCAUGCAUGUCUGGGUUGAUCUAAAAACUGUUGUUCUCUAAAAACCAUUGUUCUCUAAAAAUAUUAAAACCGGCUCCAGGAACCCUGGAACACAAUAAAUCUAAAAUACUAUUUGUAUCUAAAAGUCCUGGGCUGUUUCACUAACAGACACAUGCCCGAGGUAUGGCCCAAAGUCUCUUUAACAAGCCCACAGUUCCUCCCAUUCUUAUCUGUAGUGGGCCCAGCAAGAGCCAAAGUAUUUUUGAUGGGAUACAUAUUGGAUCUUAAAAGAGUGGAGGUUAUGUAAUCUGACUGUUUAAAGGAUGAAUAUCCUAUAAUCCAAUUAUGAGAUCAGGAAUCGUUCUUAUAAGACCUGAUGGCCCACCCCAGGCCAGGCUUCAAACUCCAAGUCCGGCCUAUUACCCGGUGUAAUCCAAACUUCCCUCCUGCUAAAACUAUCCCUUAAAACAUCAUUAUAAAAACUAAUUUGUUAAUCAUGGUGUCAAGAUCAGUCCUGGCAAACUGGAGACGCAGACCCACUAAUUUACCCUCAGCUUUUUUGUAAGCUGAUAUAUUUCUUAAUAAUAGCAAGUGGGAUCCAGGCCUCCAAUUUGGGAUCACCAAUCUUCCAACCCAGAUUCUAGAAUUUAAGAUCCCAUUAUUAAUUCAACUCGGUAAAUGUAAAAAUUCCUCAAUACAUUUCCUAAUAUUUUCACCUAGCCUGAUUAAAGUAUUUCCAGCAUUUUAAAGUUAGUGAGUAGUAAACAUGAGGGAUGAAGUAGGUUUUAAAAACUUCAACCUUCUGGGUUAGCUGAAGCCUUGCCCAAGGAAGAUUCCUACCCCACCCCUUGAGCUUAUUCAUCUACUCCCCUGCGAAACACCUGAUCCACGGGUCGAACCUGGCACCAAGAUACUUCUCCCAAUCACCAGGAGUAGUAAAUCUUAUUUUUAUUCAAAAGCUAAUUAUCAAUGCAAUUAAAAAUGAAGCUUUUGUUCUUAGAAGUCAUAAAAAACAGAACUUUUAUUCAUAGUUUCCUCGACCCAUCUUUCUAUAAAAAUUCUCCAGGACAGAGUUAUUUUGACAUGCUCGUGUAAAAAUCAUUCACAAGGCAAUGUCACCAGCAAACGCUAGGGUAGUACAGAAAGUGUUUACCAUUUUGAGGUAAGACACAUCAAUCUCAACCUAAUGAACAUAAUGAAAUGACCAUAACAAUAUUAAACAAAAUGGAGGAAGGUGAGUCACAUUAGUUAAUGCCCCUCAUGAUUGGGAUGAAUGUUGUUCUAAGCUUUGCCAUUUUCAACAAAAGUAACCAAGUUUGUAUAAAGCUCUGAUACAAGGUUAACAAAAUGGGCAUCAACCCCAAUCCUGCCCAGAGCUUUAAAAAUAAGCUCAUGGUCAAAACCUUUAACUAGAUCAAUAAAAUCAAUGGCCAGAUCCUUACGAUUCUUCUUGAUCCCUGUCAUUAAAUUAUUUAAAAUGGCACUAUUUUGAUUACAACCAGGAUAGCUGUGACAAAUCCUUUCAGUCAGGACUUAAGGAUGAUUGCCUCCAACAAUCAUUUUGUUAAUAUUUUAGUGACUACCCUUAAUAAUAUUGACCUGAUGCAUAUCUGUGUUUAUGGCCGAGUAUGUGCUGAAACAAAGCAUGACAAUGGAUGUGUGCAGGUUAGUGAUUCAGUAAAGGGGCCCCAGAACUCCUUUCCUAAGCAGUUUCCUGUUCUGCAAGAUGGCUUCCUCUGUGUGCAUGGCAUUAUCUGAUCCUACCUUAGACAGGUGUUAUUUGAAUAGCCAUAUUCGGGAUAGCUUCUCCAAUCUGGUCAGUUAAAAACUCUCAUGACAGUUGGUGUUUGAUUGUUGACCAUUUGAAAAUGAAUUCUGUCAUGCGUUGUGUCACCAGGGUGUAGAAGACUCAAACAUUUCUGCUCUGAUUCCACUGGGAUCCAAAUGCUUUAGUAUGUGGGACAAUGGUAAUGGUUUUUGCAGGAUUCUUGUUGAUAAAAGAGAACCAGGUUUUCAUUUAUGUUUGACAAAGUUUUGUAGACUUAUUUGCUCAACAGUUUCGCAAUACUUUGAUGGUCAUGUUUUUAAAUAAGACAACUCAUCGAUUGAGAAAUUAUCAGCAUCAAGGAAGAUUUGCAUAGACCAGCGCUGAAUUUGUUUUGUUUCACUAAAUCAACUUUUUCUGGUGAUAUACAUAAUGUACAUGGCCCGAGCAGCUUGAAACAGACUGGCUCUGAAAAGAAAUUAAAUGAAAAUAAUGCCUAUCGUCUGUACAUAAAAACUGCUUUUAAGACUCAUAACCAAGUAAAAGAGAUGGCAAUCUGAAAAAUAAUCCAAGUAGUAGAUAUCACAAGCAGGGUAAAACAAGAUGGAGAACAGAUGGAUGGGGCAGGAACAUAGGGGGAGAGCAGAGGAUUCCUCAAGAACCGGAUAGGAAUAAUGAUUGUAACUGACUGAGUGGUCGGGCACCCCUAAUGGGAUAAAGGAAGUGGCUCCAAAAACAUCCCCAUCUUCAAUGCUGCUGGAGCCUUGCAAAUGAGUGUCAAGGAGAAACAUUUGCUACCACGUGUAGAUAGAAGUGCCAAGUGUAUGAUCCAAUGGUCCUGAAGCCUCCAGCACUAGUAAAAGCCAGUAUUCAGCCAAUACAUUUCACUCCAUGUGAUGCUGAAACAUUGUGUGACAACAUCCUGGCUGUGGCACUGAAGCCUUACACUCCUGAACAAGCUGCACCUUUAUCCAACAUCUUUCAGUGUAGUGACAACAUUGGCAUCUACCUGACAAUAUGCAAAAUUUCCCAAGUGUAUUCUGUGCACAAAAAAGGAAGGCAAAUCCUGUGAACCAACUUGCCACCCCAUCAGUCUAAUCUCAACAGCUAGCUGAUAGGUGUAAUUAACAUUGGUACCUGCUUAUGAAUAAUGUGUUCUGUUUGGGUUUUGCCAAGACCUUACUGGGCUUCAUACCUGGUACAAAGUUAGACAAAGCAAUGAGGUAGCUUUAAAUGCUCUUGGCAUUGAGGCAGCAUGUGGACCAGCUGUGUUGUGGCAUAAAGGAGGUAUGGCAAUGUUGAUGUCAUUGGGAAUCAAAUGGAAAGCUCUCUCCUGCCUGGAGCCAUAUGUUGCACAAAGGAAGUUGAUUGUAGUUCUUGGAGAUCAAUCAUCCCAGCUCCAGGACAUCAUUGCAGGAUAUCCUUACAAGAGUUUCUUAGGCCCAAUCACCUUUAACUGCUUCAUCAGUCAUCAUCUUCCAUAAUGAGAUCAAAAAUAGGAUGCUCGCUGAUGACUGCACAAUGUUCUAUUUCAUUUGCUGCAGCUCAAGAAAUGAGGCACUCUAUGUAUGCACACAGCAAAACAGGAUUCAGAAAGUGGCUCAUCAGUAUGUUCUCAAGGGCAGUAGAGGAUGAGCAAUAAAUGUGGCCUUGACAGUGAUGCCCACAUACCCAACAAAUGAAUAAAAGAGACUGCUUCUCCUUGUUGGGGUAUGAACCCAAUGAUUCGGGGAAAGGUCAUGUUGGGAUUACCUUUUAAUUAUUGAUUGUAUUUGUUGUAAAGAAUUUAUUCUGUGACUCUUAAAACAGUAAUUUCAUUAAUAUGAUUGUACCUGUCAAGAUUGUACUUGUCAAGAAAUAUUCUCAGUAGACAGGGCUGCCGGGAAGUAGGGUGGUAAAAGUGGAUGCCUUGCACCUGCCUUGAACAAAUUAAGAGGACAUCAUUGACAGAGUCUCAGGGUGAUCAAUUAGUGGAAUUCCAUCAGGUACAGUAAACAAAGGACAGAUUGAUGUUUUUCAGUCCCAGGCAGGAUAUCUAAUAAUCAAGGAUUGUGGGUUUCCAGAAGAUUUGUGUCCAUCCUUAGGAUAAAAAGUUCAGGGGUGAAAAUACCAAAGCAAGGGUCAUGAGUUUGAUCUGGUUUGGUGGAUGGUGCAUGAAGGGUAAAGGUAAUUCCUGUAAUUGGAUAAAGAAAUUGGUGUCAGUUCAUGUUGACCCUGAUAUUAAUUACAUAGUUCUAUAGCCUUGCCAGUGUAAGAAAUGUAUCAGAACAGAGUCUUGAGGAGGGAAACAUGGUAGAAUUUGGUGGGGAUUUGAGCCCAAACCAACAGACAAAGACAGAGAAAAGGAACAGGCUGCAACUUCUGAUCACAGCAGGUAAUAUAAUACAUGAGUUUUGUUGUUCAAGAUUUGUUUGGUUGGAAUAAAGUACAAUCAGUGUCAUUAAUAGA